AUGGCUGAUGUUGCCGUAUCAAUUCCACCUUGUCAUACUGUUCAAGAUUCUCCUCCUGUCCCUCUAACAAAACUCCAACGACAAGAAGAGCUUUUGCAGCGUCGUUCUAUGCCGAGCCAUUGGAGAGCACCUUCCAACCCCGUGUUGAAGGUCUGUUUUCAAGCGCUAUCCCUUAUUGCCUUCGGUCAAGUGGGGCUAGAGCCUAUCUGGGCAACUAUAAAGCUGGAGGAAGAAGGGGAUGAAAGCAUCUGGGAGGAGGGAAUCAGGAUCACCUGCGACCGCUUGAAUAACAUGUUGCUUGUGGCUAGUUUACUGCUGGCCACCUCGGCCGUUUUCAUUACCACAACACCCCCCAGAUUGAACAUUGUGAAUUAUACUCUGCGGGGCCCUUAUAUCCUGAUGCUAGGGGCUUUCGGCCUUCUCAUUGGAGGUAUUAUAGUCGCCUCAGUAGCUGUCCUUACAACAGCUAAAGCGCGGCCGUACUGGUCAGAACAGGUCCUCUACGCCACUCGCACUAACGUUUGGUGUACUCUCAUCGUGCUUUCCUAUCCGUUUUUUGCCAUUGGGCUUGCUGCAAUAUUCUUGGCAUUCGGAAUCUUGACCGCGAUCUGGUCCGUUGAAGAUUCGGGUCUCCAAGCAGCUGCUCCUCUUUUGCUCUUCUUCCCACUCUUGGUUGCGCUUCUUUUCGUGUACGUCAAUGCAACGGCGAAAGCGCGCAGUCGGCUGCGAAAGAACUCGCAGGAAACGGCUGAGAGGAUGCUUCCUUAG